AUGAAUAUAAUCUUGCAUUUCAUCACACUUAUUGCCUUACUGCUUAAGCCGGUGCUGAACCAGCUGGUAACGCUGCAUGACGGAUCACCGCUCUACGGCCGUGAAACGUAUGGCGCCAAUGGAAAAUUGGUCACCGAAUUUCUCGGAAUACCGUUUGCGGAACCACCAGUAGGGCAACUGCGGUUUCGAAAGCCAAAACCGAAACAACCCUGGCGAACACCCUUUAAUGCCACAAAAAUGCCGAAAGCUUGUAUACAGGUCGAGGAUUCGGCUUCGCCAUUGAGACAAUCAAUUUCUCUGCAGUUUGUUUAUUUAUUUUGA